UUUGCCAUUGCACAAACAGCUGCAGAGCCAUGGACGGCACCGGCUAUAUUCUAUCCAUUUCGCUCAGCAGCAGGAGACACAGAACAUUUUCUUACUGGCGAUGAAAGCUAUGAAUCUGUUGCCUUAUCCACUCCAUAUACAUUCUUUGGCCGCACAUACAACAGCUUAUAUGUUCAUUAUAACGGACUCCUUACGUUCAACCAACCUCAGCCAGCAUCUGGACCUAACUAUAAUCCCACCAGAGGAACUGAAGACUUCAUUGCUCCGUUCUGGAGUGACCUUGAUGACAUUGGAUGGAUGGGCAUGUUCUCGUAUCAGGAGUACACAAAUGGAAGUGUUCUCACUCGUGCAAAUCAGGAUAUGAACCAGUAUUUCCCUCAGAUGAACUUCACUGCUUCUUGGGUGUUUGUCGUCACUUGGGACUAUGUAGAAACGACGGAUAUGAAUUUAUUUAUUCGUCACUCAGCACAGGCAAUCACGUUUCAAGUGGUUUUAAUUUCAGAUGGUAGUCUUUCAUUCUUUCUGAUAAAUUACGGUGAUUGCGCUGUGAUUUAUGAUCAAGUGGAGGCUGGGUACGACACAAUAAACUCCAUAAACCACUUUGUAAUUCCUGAUUCAAUUAAUGGCAACUACCAAAACCUGAAGAACACGAGUAAUGUAAACGUUCCUGGUCGCUGGGCUUUCACUGCAAACAGUGGAUUAGAAAGCAUCAUAGGAGUUCAAAUGAGACUUUCAUCAUUUUCAGACCUAACUCAGAGUGAAAACAUUGAGGCUGUUUUGCUGAAAAUAAAACAAGAGCUGGUCAGUCAUGGACUGUCAAGUAACAUCAAGAUAAAGUUAAGGAAAAAUACAAAGAUACAGCCGUAACAUCAGCCUCUUUCAUGGAGGGAAACUGAAGUGGAAACUGGUUCAUAAAGUCUAUGAUGAUGAAUUUCACUGCUAUUAUUAAGAUAUAGAAAGGAGGAAAAGGAACUUGUAUAAUGUCUCCCUCUUCAGUUUGUUUUCCGUUUCUCACUCACAUAAAGUCAUCUACAUACAAACAUAAUUGAGCAUAUACAAUGGGGGGGAAAAAAUCAUCAGUUUUUUUCUUUGUCACAUCAUGCUUUGUAUAUUAUCAGGUCUUUUUAAUU